AAAUUAUAAACCCAGCCCUUUAUAAAAAUGACUAAAUCACAUUCAUCAGGUUUCAUCCCAGGUGGCCUCUUUGGCUUCUUUCUCGCAAUGGCAGCACGAAAACAAUUAGGCCAAAGAUUACUCCAAAACCCUCUGGUCUAUCCCUCCACCUUCAUCUUUAUGGGACUGACCACGAUGCUCUUUAAUUAUCAAAGAAGGUGCAUGUUGGAGUACUCCCUCGUGAAGGAAGAUGGCAUGAUGUUCAAUACCUACAUUCACCAUAUGAAUCAUGCCAUUAUAGGCGAGGAAGAAGAACAUGGUCAGCUACAUGAAUUUAUAGUCGGACAUUCUGUGAGAUAAA